AGUCUUCACCGUCAUCUACUUGAUACACCCGAACGAACUCGGGUCUGCCUACUAUGAGCCGUCUUCUAUCCGUCGCAUGUAUGUACCCAUGAAGGUUAAUGUGCCAGCGUAUGGCAGCCAUAGGAAACUGCGGUGCACAUGGUGUGCGAACAAGCUUGAACGACAGCUCGAAGCUGUACGAUAGCUACAAGCAGUGGCUCAGACUUUCUUUUUCCGAACGUUCGCUGCCUUGCAUAGAGCCAUUCUGACGUGUGCUCGCUUCUACAGAAAGGGUGUGUUCGCCAUAGACAGGUAGGCGGGCUCUUUAGGGUUGUAUGAGACGCGGUGUCCACAGCCUUCUGCGGCGAAAGACUAUGUCAAAAGCUCAGCACUACGACGUAUAUACCAAAGACGAGCUUAUCGCUCGCAUCCUCGAAUUGGAGGGUUCACGCAAGGAAGCGAAGACGAAGCUGAAGAACAUUCAAAGCAAAGGCAAAGGCCCACAUACAACCCCCGCAUCGAAAAUGGGCAAUAAAGCAUUCAACUUCUCCGCGCACCCCACUCGAAAAAUCGCACUGAAGUUCUCAUACGAUGGCACCUUCUUCAAUGGCCUCGAGUUUCAAAGGGACCCAACUCCGCUGCCUACGGUGGAAGAAGUACUUUGGCGAGCCCUCUUGCACACUCGUCUAGUGGAUCCCGCAGGCGGCAUGGAAGGCGUAGGCUGGGAGAAAUGCGGUCGUACAGAUUGUGGGGUUAGUGCUGCUGGACAAGUGGUCAGCUUCCGCAUUCGGAGCGCGCUGAGAGGUCUUCAAACCCCUGCAUCGAUAAUAUCCUCGUCGCAAGCUCCGUCGUCCGAAGUUAGGGAAGGUACCACAGCGGAAGCUCCCUCCCUCGAUGAUGAACAUGAGUCAACUGGUCUCGAGAAUGUCUUCGGUGCUUUAAGUACCUGGGACGAGCCUCCGACCAACACCGUCCUCCCCCCUGCGAACAACAUCAGAAUGAGCUCGGACAAUAACGACGAGUUGAAGUACGUGUCCAGCCUUAACAAUAUCCUCCCUCCGUCAAUCCGUGUCCUAGCAUGGUCUCCGGUCUCAGAAGACUUUUCCGCCCGGUAUAACUGUCGUUAUCGGCAUUACAAAUACUUCUUCCUUUCUCGUGGGCUCAACACCAAGGCAAUGUGCGACGGUGCUGAGAGGCUCGUCGGCGAGCAUGAUUUUCGCAACCUCCAUAAGCUUGAUCCCGCGAAGCAGCUUACGACUUUUCGACGCCGCAUUCUUCGCGCUGAAAUCAACCCUGUUGAUAUUACUGAUCGUGGUAGUCCUUCGCAAAUGUAUGUCUUCGAUCUGGUUGGCACGGCAUUCUUGUACAACCAAGUCAGGCAUAUCAUGGCCAUUCUCUUCCUAAUCGGUGCAGGCCUCGAGGAACCUUCGAUCAUGACCACCCUUCUGAACACCGACCCAGACAACCCAUAUCCCUCGUACCGUCUUGGCGAACCGGUUCCAUCAGUGGUCACGACUAAGCCUAUUUAUCAGAUGGCCGACGCACUUCCGCUUGUGCUAUGGGAUACCGGUUUCGCAAGCGGCGACGUCUCGUGGCGAACAGACUAUAAGGACGCUGAAGGCUCGACGAAGAUCACGAAGUCAUUCGCCAAGAACGUGUGCACGCAGCUUCGCGCUGUUCACGAGCGUAGCCUCACUCACGCCGCAUUGCAUGAGCACUUCUUCAAGGCCGCUACGCAGUAUCAUGAUAUGCCACCGGAAUUUUUCCCCACUGGCCCAGACCGAUCUGCCAUACCGAAGGGCGUGGUCUUUGGCGUGCCUCUGGGAGGCGCCCAGCAGAAAGACACCGCACUUUACGUCCCAAUUCUAGAACGGCAGAGGCUUGAUGCUGUUGAGGUCUCGAACGAGCGUUGGAGGCGGGGUAAGGGUGCACGGCGAGCCGCGCGGGACGUAGACGAAGCUGCUGGGGGUGGCGAGGAAUAGAAGGCCGUCGCUGGCGCAUUUACUCCCCUUAGAUGUCAUGUGUUCUCAAUCGAACUCGCCUUGCUUGCCUCCUUCUGCCCCUGAUCUAUGCGACCACAUCCCACACAUUGGUCAUUUCUACAAGAGCUACCUCACACGCGAGCCAGAUAUGCAAGGAU